GUGUCAGUAGUUCGAAGUUCGAAGUUCAGUAAAAUGGCGUUAUGAAGUUUGUGUGCGGUCGAUAUAGAAAUAUUUUUACAAUUUUUAACAUCACAAACAGAAACCAUAAUCAAAUAAUCUAAACUGUUCUCGUUUGUUCCGUAACUUGGUACUGUACCAAAAAAUAGCCAACAAAGUCCAUUAAACAGAACAAUAUGGAACUGCGUGUAGGAAAUAAAUACAGACUCGGCCGUAAAAUUGGUUCAGGAUCGUUUGGAGACAUCUAUUUGGGGACAACUAUAAACACAGGCGAAGAGGUGGCUAUCAAACUAGAAUGUAUCCGAACCAAACAUCCUCAACUGCACAUAGAAAGCAAAUUUUACAAAAUGAUGCAAGGUGGAAUUGGCAUACCGCGGAUAAUUUGGUGUGGCUCGGAAGGUGAUUACAACGUAAUGGUAAUGGAAUUGUUAGGACCAUCACUAGAAGAUCUAUUUAAUUUUUGUUCGAGACGUUUUUCACUGAAAACGGUUCUGCUGUUGGCCGACCAAAUGAUAUCCCGCAUCGAUUACAUACACUCACGCGAUUUCAUUCAUCGUGACGUGAAACCGGACAAUUUUCUGAUGGGACUCGGCGAAAAGGGCAACUUAGUGUACAUAAUUGAUUUUGGAUUGGCGAAAAAAUAUCGUGACAUGCGUAACCAGCGACACAUACCGUACAGAGAGAAUAAAAAUUUAACCGGCACGGCGCGGUACGCAUCGAUUAACACACAUUUGGGCAUCGAACAGUCACGUCGCGACGAUCUGGAAUCCUUAGGUUACGUUCUCAUGUACUUCAAUUUGGGCACAUUGCCGUGGCAAGGACUGAAAGCCGCCAACAAACGACAGAAAUACGAACGAAUUUCGGAAAAGAAAUUGUCCACUCCAAUCGAGGAACUAUGCAAGAAUUUUUCUAGUGAAUUUCCCACCUAUCUAACCUACUGCCGACAGUUGCAUUUCGAACAGCGUCCCGACUACAACUAUUUACGAAAAUUGUUCCGGGCCCUGUUUCACCGGCAAGGCUUCACCUAUGACUAUGUGUUCGACUGGAACAUGCUGAAAUUUGGCGGAUCGCGUACGGGCGGCGUCGGUCAACAGGACGAGAAAGACGGGCAAACGAAACGAAAUCAAUUGACAAAUCAUGCUGCCGAAGAGCCGAUAGCUACAAAUAGUACAAGACCGUACGAUACGCCGGAGAAACGGUCGUCGAUUCGUAUCCGGGGACAGAAUGAUUCGAGAAAGUAGGGAGAUUUUUGUGACUUUGCAAGGUCUGUGUUUUUCAAUUCAUUUUUUUUUUCUUUAGAUUGUAAGCAAAUUUUUAUGCGAAGGUUAUAUUGAAGAUAUUCAAAAACAAACAAAACACACACAAGGCAAAACCUUUCAAAAAAAAGAGAAGGGAAAAAGUAAGGAGAAAUUAAAUUUACAAAAAGAAAAAAAAAA